AUGUCUGCAAGCAGCUCGAAAGAAAUUAUAACGAUUAAUAAUGAAAAUCAAGACAUUGAAGAAGAUGAAAUUGCAGCUAUUGAUUAUGAGUUGAAACAAAUUGAAAGUGAAAUGCAAAAACUUGAAGAUCGUAAAAAAAUCUUAACUCAGCGUAAGGAAAAAUUACAAGAUGAUGCACUUUUAAAGAAAAGUUUAUCCGUAUCAAAGAAGAAUUGGAACAAAGAAGAUUUUAGCUGGUCCAAAGAUUUGAAAAAAGCUUUAAAGGAUAUUUUUAACAUAGAAAAGCUAAGAGAAUUACAAUUGCCAACUAUAAAUGCCUUUAUGUCCAAUGAAGAUGUUAUUUUAAUUAUGCCCACAGGUGGUGGCAAAAGUUUAUGUUAUCAAUUACCUGCAGUUAUUAGUAAAGGUAUUACAAUAGUAGUAUCACCAUUGCUAUCAUUAAUGGAAGAUCAGUUAUAUGGAUUACACAAACAUAAUGUAAAAGCUAGGAUGUUAAGUGCAAAAGGUGAUAAAGAAAAUGUAAAAAUUGUAAUGAAUUCACUUGUAGAUAAAAAGUCUGAUCUUAAAUUAAUUUAUGUUACACCAGAAUAUAUGGCAAAAUCCAAUCGUUUUAUGAGCAAAUUACAGAAAGCUUUUGAAAUGAAACGUUUGGAUCGUUUUGCAAUAGACGAAGUACAUUGUUGUAGUCAAUGGGGACAUGAUUUUAGACCUGAUUAUAAAUUUUUAGGAAUUUUAAAAUCCAUGUUUCCAGGUAUACCAAUUUUAGGUCUAACAGCAACUGCUCCAGCUAAAAUUAUUGUAGAUGUUCAAAAAAUGUUAGAUAUUCAAGGUUGUUUAGUUUUGAGAGCUACUUUUAACAGACCAAAUCUAUUUUACGAAGUUCGACGAAAACCAGCAGAUAAAGAUACAUGCUUGGCUAUGAUAGAAAAUUUAUUAAAAAAUAGAUUUGAAGAUAAGUCUGGAAUAAUUUAUACAACUACCAUAAAAGAUGCAGAACAACUGACAACUGAUUUAAGAUCAUUAGGCUUAAAAGUUGGAUGUUAUCAUGCAAUGUUAGAUGCAGGUUAUAGAUCAGAAGUAUAUGCCAAGUGGAUAUCAGGAAAAUACCAAGCUGUAGUUGCUACUAUUGCUUUUGGAUUAGGUAUAGACAAGCCAGAUGUGAGGUUUGUCAUUCAUCACUGUAUUUCAAAAUCAAUGGAAAACUUUUAUCAAGAAAGUGGCCGUGCAGGUAGAGAUGGAAAGAAAUCAGUGUGUAUAGUAUUAUAUAGACUGCUAGAUGCAUUUAAAUUAAGCACAAUGGUGUUUCAAGAUAAAGUUGGUUUACAAAAUUUAUACAAAAUGUUAGAGUAUUGCUUAGAUCAAACAUCAUGUAGACGUAGUUUAAUUGCAUCCCACUUUGAGGAAACUUGGACUAGAAGUGAUUGUGCAAAAAUGUGUGAUCAUUGCCGGAAACCUAAAGAGAAUAAACAAGUGAAUAUAGUAUCUCAUUGUAGACAGUUAUAUCAAAUUAUGACCAAAGCAGUACAAAAUGAAACUAGAUUAACUGCCUUAAAGCUCAUAGAUGCUUGGUAUGGUAAAGGUGCAUCGACAUUACGGGUAUCUUCUAUGCUAAUACCAAAAUUCACAAGAGAAUCAGGAGAAGCUAUAAUAGGACAUCUACUUGUAAAUGGUUAUUUACAAGAAGAUUUUCAUUUCUCUGCAUAUUCUACAAUAUCAUAUUUAAGACGUGGACCUAAAGCAGGAUUAGCACUUACCGAUACUCAUGAAAUAAUUUUUAAUUAUGAAUUACACUAA